CGAGUUGUGUUUGUGAUGGUGGAAUAUUUGCGGUCCGUUUGCAAAUUAUUUAAUUUUUCACGCAAACUUGCCAAUAAGGUCAUUUUAUUCCAACGAUUUUGAUUGAAUAAAGGGGAAAAUAACGUCAAGGAAUAGUUCUCGUGGAAGGGAGAACGAAAGGGGAUAGCUAGAUACGCUUAUUGUGCUGAUGUUAGUGAAACGCCCCCAGUCAAAUCACAAUGAGUAGCAACAGCCAUCCUUUGCGUCCUCUGGCCUCUGUGUCAGAGAUUGACCACAUCCACCUGCUGUCAGAGCAGCUGGGCGCCUUGGUUCCAGGUGAAGAGUACAGUGAUGUCACCUUCAUUGUGGAGGAGAAACGCUUCCCGGCCCAUAGGGUCAUUUUGGCAGCACGCGGUCACUACUUCAGAGCUCUGCUCUAUGGGGGGAUGAAGGAGUCCCAGCCGCAGGCGGAGGUGACCCUGGAGGAGACCCGAGCCGAGGCCUUCUCCAUGCUCCUCCACUACCUCUACACGGGCCGGGCUAGCCUCAGCUCAGCCCGCGAGGAGGUGCUGCUGGACUUCCUGGGUCUGGCCCACCGCUACGGCCUCCAGCCACUAGAGGACUCCACCUCAGACUUCCUGCGCACCAUCCUGCACACACACAACGUGUGUUUGGUGUUUGACGUGGCCAGCCUGUACUCUCUGAGUGCGCUCAGUGAAGCAUGCUGCACCUACAUGGACCGGCACGCCCCGGAGGUCCUGGCCUCGGACGGCUUCCUCACACUGUCCAAGACUGCUCUGCUGACUGUGGUACAGAGGGACUCGUUUGCGGCGAGCGAGAAGGAGAUCUUCCAGGCGCUGUGUUGCUGGUGCCGGCAGAACGGCGAGGGUGGCGCCACGCAGGACGUGAUGUCGGCCGUGCGGCUGCCGCUCAUGAGUCUGACGGAGAUGCUAAACGUGGUGCGUCCCUCGGGACUACUCAGCCCAGACGACCUGCUGGACGCCAUCAAGACGCGCUCAGAGAGCCGCGACAUGGACCUAAACUACCGCGGCAUCCUCAUCCCAGAGGAGAAUAUUGCCACUAUGAAAUACGGGGCCCAGGUGGUGAAGGGAGAGCUGAAGUCAGCGCUGCUGGACGGAGACACCCAGAACUACGACCUGGACCACGGCUUCUCCAGACACCCCAUAGAGGAGGACGGCUGCGCUGGCCUCCAGAUUAAGCUGGGCCAGGCCUACAUCCUCAACCAUAUCCGCAUCCUGCUCUGGGACAGAGACAGCCGGUCUUACUCCUACUACAUUGAAGUGUCCAUGGAUGAGCUGGAUUGGGUGCGUGUUGUGGACCAUUCCAAGUAUCUGUGUCGCUCUUGGCAGAACCUCUUCUUUACACCACGUGUGGCCAGGUACGUGCGCAUUGUAGGGACGCACAACACUGUCAACAAGGUCUUCCAUCUAGUUAGUUUGGAGUGUAUGUUCACACACCACUCCUUCACUCUGGAAAAAGGUAUUCUCGUCCCCAAUGAGAACGUGGCUACCAUCGCGGCCUGUUCCAGUGUCAUCGAGGGGGUGAGUCGGAGCAGAAACGCCCUGCUCAACGGGGACACGCGCAACUACGACUGGGACUCUGGCUACACCUGUCACCAGCUGGGCUCUGGGGCCAUCGUCAUUCAACUGGCUCAGCCUUACUCUAUAGGCUCCUUAAGACUGCUGCUGUGGGACUGUGAUGAGCGAUCCUACAGUUACUACAUUGAGGUCUCCACCAAUCAGCAGGAGUGGACAAAGGUGGUGGACCGCACCAAGGUGCCAUGUCGGUCGUGGCAGACGCUCAAAUUCGACAAGCAGCCUGCCUCUUUUAUCCGCAUCGUGGGAACUCACAACUCCGCGAACGAGGUGUUCCAUUGUGUCCACUUUGAGUGUCCGGCCCAGUCUGACAUGGAGCUGAAAGAGGGCAAUCCUGGGCAGCAGUCCAGUUCCACGUCCCAGAACCCCAGACGUGUUCGGCCCUCCCGUACCCACAGCCUGCUCCCCUCCUCAUCCUCAUCCUCCACCUCCUCACAACCCCACCUCUGAGAGAGAGAGAGAGAGAGAGAGA